GAGGGGGUUGACCCCACCGCUGCCCAUUACCAGCCGGCCAGCCCCCCGCGGGACGCCUGUGUCUACAGCAGCUGCUAUUGGCACUUGCAGUGUAUGGCACACGAUUCCAGGCACUGGGGAUACAGCAGUGAACCAAAUUGACAAAUUACCUCGUGAGAUCUCAUGGUUCUUAAUGUAUCAGUUGGAGGAAAGCAGACAAAAACAAGUAAACCAUGUUUGGGUGGUGUUUGAGAAAAAUAAAACAAGUGAAGAAAAUAUUUGGAAGCUCUGUGAAUACAUCAAAAACCACGACCAAUAUCCUUUAGAAGAGUGUUACGCUGUCUUCAUAUCUAAUGAGAGGAGGAUGAUACCUAUCUGGAAACAACAGGCGAGACCUGGAAAUGGACCUGUGAUCUGGGAUUAUCAUGUUGUUUUGCUUCAUGUUUCAAGUGGAGGACAGAGCUUUAUUUAUGAUCUCGAUACUGUCCUGCCGUUUCCCUGUCCCUUUGACACUUAUGUAGAAGAUGCCUUUAAGUCUGACGAUGACAUUCAUCCGCAGUUCAGGAGGAAAUUUAGAGUGAUCCGUGCAGAUUUAUAUUUGAAGAACUUUGCUUCUGACCGAUCUCACAUGAAAGACUCCAGUGGAAACUGGAGAGAGCCCCCUCCACCGUAUCCCUGCAUUGAAACCGGAGAUUGCAAAAUGAACUUGAAUGAUUUUAUCAGUAUGGAUCCUGAGGUAGGAUGGGGAGCUGUGUACACGCUGUCUGAAUUUGCACAUCGGUUUGGCAGUAAAAACUGAACUUGACAUCGGGAUGCGGAACUGUGGAGAAAUUCUAGGACGUGGACAAUCUAUCCCUUCAUUUAGGACAGCAAACGUGGUACAGUUGGCUUAGAAUUAUGUUUUUCCCUUUUAAUUCACUUGAGCAGAAACAUGAAUGAACACAAAUAUAAAGGAACUAAAUAAAAACUUUUUUUUGAUACAUUAAGUUGAAACUUGAUAAAGUAUAUAAUUGCUGAGAUAUUAUAAGCCAGUGAUUGCUCUUAUUAAGUUAGAGACAGCUCCUCAUCUCUGUUCUGGAUGUCUCGUGUCUCUCCAGCUACACUGUAAGCUCUUUGAGGGCAGGGCUGUGGCUCAGUGCUCUGUGAAUCUCUAAUGCUCUUAAACGGGGCCCUUAAUGUUUUCUAGUGACUGUGCUACUGCUUGAAAAGGGGUAAUAUUGUGAGCUGAACCAGCAAUAAGUAUUAGUCUUUUUGGAUUAUGACGUUGUUAAAAGGAUUGCAGCCCUCUCAGGCUUGAGUGUUAUUUGGCCUGUUUAUAUAUGGUUUUAAAUAAAAUUGAUUUAAAAUUC